GGCUUUCAUCAGUCACAUCUCGCAGUGGGAGGGGGGACUGAAGCGGCUGCCUCGGAGCUCUUCGGUAACGGAGACAGUAGACGGCACUGACUCACACCGAGGAUCCACAUCACCCAGCACAUUUUAGACUCCACCUGACCUGCACCCUGACAGGAUGAAGAUGGUGAAGACAUAGCCUGAAGGAACUUUCCUCUGCUGUGCGGGCAGUCUUCAAUCCGCGCUGCUUGACAGCACAUUUCUCUUAAAUUGGGGUUUUGAACUAAAGUAAGAAUGCAUGCUGAUCAUAGACAGCGGACGGCGAUGAACUGAAAUAUCACUAAAACACAUCUGAGUGUGUUAGAACGGGACGAGGUGUUUUCACUCACGAGAAAACUUCCUUUCUGUCAGUGGCGGAGAUUCUUUUUUUUUAGCCUCAGCUUUGUCCAAAAUCACCCGACCCCCUUUUUCCUCCUUCACCUCCUCCACCUCCUCCAACCAUCUCCACUUGAGAAAACAGCCACCGAGAAGACGAGACUCCAGACUGCCUGCCUGUCUGCCUGCCUGCCUGUCUGUCUGUCUGUCGGUCAAAGGGAAUCAAAAUAACAUUUUAAGGAUCGGAUCCUCACAAGGAUGCUACUCCCGCACAGACACUAGACGGUCCAAACAGCCGCUGCCAACAUGUUUAGGCGAGGUUAUGGUGGGGUGGAGUUACUUUUGGUGCUGUGUGGCCUGGAUCUCUCUCUGCCCUGCCCUCGCCACUGCAUCUGCUACACUUCCCCCAGCACCGUGUCCUGCCAGGCCCACAACUUCCAUGCCGUGCCCGAGGGCAUCCCCGCUCAGAGCGAGCGUGUUUUCCUGCAGAACAACAAGAUCCAGCGGCUGCUUCGUGGCCACUUCUCUCCCACCACCACCAUGUUGUGGCUUUACUCCAACAAUAUCUCCUACAUACAACCGUCCACCUUCCACGGCUUUGAUCGCCUGGAGGAACUCGACCUUGGGGACAACAAGCACCUGAAGGCCAUCGCUUCAGACACCUUUCUUGGUCUGGGUAGGCUACAUGCCCUGCACCUAUACCACUGUGGCCUGAUCACCCUGCCUCCAGGGAUCUUUGCAGGUCUCCAUAAUCUUCAGUAUCUCUACCUACAGGACAACCAGUUAGAGUUCCUGGAAGACGAUCUGUUCAUUGACCUGCUGAACCUCAGUCAUCUCUUCCUGCAUGGCAACAAACUAUGGAGCCUUCGCCAGAACACUUUCCGUGGUCUUGGUGUCUUGGACCGCCUGCUUCUCCACCAGAACCGGAUCCAGUGGGUUGACCGCCAGGCUUUCCACGACCUGCGGCGCCUCACCACUCUUUAUCUGUUUAAUAACUCGCUGACUGAGCUAUCUGGUGGCAGCUUGACUCUACUGCCCGCCCUGGAGUACCUACGACUUAACGACAACCCCUGGGAGUGCGAUUGCAAGGCCCUGUCACUUUGGGAUUGGCUACGGAGGUUCAGAGGCUCCACCUCCUCACUAAAUUGUGUUUCACCACCAGAGCUGGCAGGGAAGGACCUGAAAACGGUGAAGAAAGAGGAGCUUCCCAGUUGCUUGUCAGGCGAGGGUCAUGCACGUGGUGGCCCAGGUAGGGAAAUGGAGCAAGGAGAAUCUUUGAACCAUCUGAACGGUCACAGAAAUAAUAACAACCACUACUUGCCCCACGGAGACCAGUACAGCCUGCCUUCACCCUCAACCCUGCCACGGCCACCUAAGGGAAGCCGCAGAAACUGUACCCGCCGCAAGGGAAAGGGGGCGCUCAAUGAGGUGCAGGUACUACAGGAGGAGGGUAAGAAAGACUAUACUCCAGAUGAAGGUAAAUAUGACCUUUCUGGAACCACAAGGAGGAAGAACAAGUGCAUCCCUAGAACUUCUGUCGGCCCACCAAGUGGGGUCCAAAGAGCCAAUAACAAAGCAGAGUCACACCUUGCAGAUUAUAUUUUCUGUUUACCAUCAGCUCUGCUACUGUCACUCAUCUCAGUGAUCCUAUGCUGAGACGGGAAACUCUUUUGUGCUGGUGAUGCAACCUUAUGAUUCGUUCAUCUGAACCACCCGGCCUUGGCUCUUAAAAUGAGGCAUGUGUGCAUAACCAUGUGUGUACAUGACUGUGUAUAAAGAACAUUAUCAAAUAUCUACUGGCAAAGUAUCCCUGCGGUAUUAAGGCAGGAAUCUUUACGAAUCAUAAUAAAAACAUGGAAGUCAGGGAAAACUAUUAAGCCCAUAGCUUUGAUGAUGUCACCAAGGGAAACGACAGGAAAUCUUUACAUUUGUCUCUGUGGCAUCGAUCGCUUCACUGAAUUUAUGUACUUAUGAAAAAAAAACAGGCCACAGUGAUUUAUUGAAAUAAUCGCGCAAAGAAGGCACAAUAAGGAUCAAAACAGUUCAAGGCUCAGUCUGUAUGUUUUGCCCGUUUGACACAUUAGUGCUCUCUUGGCGCGCCCUCCAUCUGUCACUCAUGUUGAGACAAAGGCACAGUCGUUCAUAACUGUCACACUCUUCACUCAGCAGCACCUUAAGAUCCAGAAUACUUACUGAAAGUACUGCAGACACACUUGGCAGUACAAUGAGUCAUUGUUUGAGCAGUAAUAACUAUAAUCCCUAUACAUUCACUAAUAAAGCGGUUUUACUCACAUGUCAAGGUGAAUCCACUUUAAAGAACAUCUUAUCCUUGGCACUUUGUCUAAACUAAAAAAAGCUCUACUAGAGUUGUGACACAUCAGUAACUCAAACUAGUCCUGUUAAAAGGCCUGUGUUUGUCCUUGUCCUUGCAUCCCAUCAAUUUAAAAGCCAUUCAGAGCUAACCUAUCAACCUGUCAAAGAGUCAACCGGUCACAGUCAGAGUAACUGAGCAAAUGAGUGAAUGUGUGAAGAUUUUUGUGUUACUGUUUGUACAAGUGUGUUUCCAUGAAUGCAACCCCACCAAAGCCAUGCGGGUAGAACAACACUAGCAAGAGUACAAGAUAGCAAGAGUGCCUAACGAGAGCCAGUGGCGGAUGAGGACAAACCGUGGAGAUAAGGGAUGGUUUCAUUCACUCUUCAACCCCACUGGCUACAAAAUAGAGGCCUCAAUGAGCCUGAAAGGUCACCUCAUGCAGGCCAAGGAAAAGCUGAGGCCCCGAGCCUCGCUCGCAAACCUUCUGACUCCCAGAAACUGUUGUGCACUUUCCUCUGAAAUGCUGUGGAGGAUAAUGGCAAAAAAAUAUAUCCUUCAAGCGGAGAUGAUGCUUAGUCACAGAAGAGUUUCAGAUGCUAAAAAAAAGGCCCUAUAAUCAGGGAGGAGUACCGAUGACCACAACACUGCAAUACAUCUCCUGCAAUGGUAUAAUCGAUAGCUGACACUGGAAAACAAAAGCAGUUCAGCAUCUGUGAUGAUCAUCGCAGAGCAAAGGGACUGACAGACUGCUACUGAAUUUCUUUCUAUGUCCUCUCUGGUGUAUUUAGUGUGCUCCAAAUCAGUUGGACAAUCUUGAAGCUGUGGAGCCCUUGGAGUAGGAUUUUAAUGCUGCUACGUCCGAGAAGAGCCCUUUCAGAGGCUUGUGAUUCUUCUUCAGGAAAUAACAAGGACAAAGAGGACUACGGGACAUGCUGCCCUGUAUGAACUGAAGCGGUUCAAGCACGCACACGCCCCUAAUAAAGCCCGAUCACCUUCACAGCCUUCCUGUCUCACUGCAAACUAACCCCUGUCAGUCCAGGGCUUUGAAAUCCCAGAGAAGAGCACCGGAGAUACUGAACUAUUCCAGAGUCAUUUACCCAAAGUGUCAAGUGCUCGAUUUUCCAUAAGUGAAACCUGUACAGACACACACACACGGGCCGUCCGGGUACCUUAACUAGCCAGUAAUGCUACAAGUCUCUUUAGCGUUACACAGUUAUGAAUUCUAUUUACACAGGUGCUGUCCUUGUAUGCAGAGGACGACCUGAAACGCUGACAAAAAGCACAAAAAAUUUAUCAGUUUGGUUUUCUGGACCUGUUUUCUGGAUCAGUGCGUGGUUUGGUUUGGGUGGGAAUCUGACAGCAGGGGUCAUGUUUGUACCCCCUGCCUGUGCAGUUUUCCUGCCGAGCCUUCCAGCCUUUUCAUGUCUAUCUAUCUUAAAUGUUGGGGACGAACAGAAGCCUGACACCGGUGUCAUUCUCCUGACAUGUAGGAUUAGAGACCCCCUACUGGUGAACUUGUUUGUGCUGCUGUGAACCCAGAGGUGAUGUAAAUCGUGUCUGUUUAUUCCUGUGAGGAUGACGUUUUGUAAAAAAAAAAUUUAAAAAAAUGAAAAGAAUGAAAAAAGAAAGACAAAGAAAAGAAAAGAUGGAAAAAAGGAGAAACUCUCCAUUGUGUCUCAGUAGUUCCCUAAAAAAUAAAACAGGGAGCUGGAGGCUGGAACUUGAUUUUUUAUUCAAUAUGAUUAUUAUCAUUAUCAGUUAUUUUUCAGUAAUGUCUAUUUUUGUUUUGCUGACUCAUUUAAGAUAAAGAGUACACUGCACUGCCCUCCUCUUCCUCCUCCUCUAUUCUUUUCUGUCCCCCUAUUCAUCCACCCAUCCUUCCGCUCCCCUCCACGUCUGUCUGCUUCUUCUCUCCCUCCACCUCCCCUGCUCCUUUCUCUUCCACCCUCGUUGCUCCCUUCCUCCCCUCCUAUCCCCCUAUUCUUCCCCCUCUCCUCUCUCCUCUCUCUUCAUUUGUACAACCCAGAUGUUUUGUAUGUGGUUAUCGAACAAUGCCAGACUCAAAAGCUGUUUAUAAAUAACAUUAAACAGGAAGUGUUCUCAAAUGGC